AUGGACAUGAUGACGGCAGGGACAGUCUCGUUUACGCCGGCCACGGCGUCUGGGUCAGAUAUCCAUUCGAAUUUGAGCUCGAAUUUUGCCGCGACUUCGUCUUCAUCUUUGGGUUCUCUAACGGACUAUUCCAACUACCCUCUGGCACGACAAGGUGACCGUACCUAUCUCCGCGACCCGGAAAAUAUCUAUCCUUUACCAUGCGAUCUACCCGAAAUCCACCGUCAGACCCUGCGCACAAUGAUGCUGCUGCGCGUCUUUGGCGGCCCGUUUUGCAAUCCGUAUCUGGCCAAUCGCCCACCUAAACGCAUCCUGGAGAUCGCGUGUGGGUCUGGUCUAUGGUCUGGUCUGUGUCACGAACAUUUUGUUCGUCGUGGCCAGCCAAACGUGGGGUUUGUCGGAAUCGACUUUAUUUCCUUGGCUCCAGAUCUGCGCAAACAGGGAAUGAAUUGGCAGUUUAAGCGACAUGACCUGCGAAAGCCACGCCUCCCGUUCCCGGAUGACUAUUUUGAUUUUGUCUUUAUUAAAGAUGCGGGCAUGUGUCCCUCUAGCCCGGCGCAACAAGCCUCGGGAUUAAGUGAACCUCUUCGAGUCUUGAAAUCGGGAGGAGUCUUGGAAGUGUGGGAUUCAGACUGGGUGUUUCGCUCGCUACUACCCAACCCGGCACCAGCCCGGAAAAGUUCUUCGAAAGAACAAGAGACUGCGGAGGCUACCGCUACCUAUACAUUUUCAUCUGCCACGCCCUUUACAGCGGCUCAGAACAAAUAUCUUGUCGACUACAACUCAUGGGUCGAGAAGUCCUUUGACCGGCGAAAACUCACUGCAGUUCCUUGUGCCACCAUUGGCUUGUCCUUCAACUCCGAGGUCGACCUCUUGGAGCAUGUGGAUAGCCGACGAAUUGCAAUUCCACUGGGAGAUUCGCGAUGGGAGCGAGAGGGUCAAGGGAAAGAUCCCAAGGGCCGUCCACGCAAGGCAUUGACUCCUGACCAGAUUUCUAUUCGUCGAACUGCUCUUCUCACUGUGGUCCAAAUGAUCGAAGGGCUGGAGCCCAUGCUUAUGGAAGCCAGCGGGAAAGGCCGUGAUGAAUGGGAUAGGUGGUGGGCCGCAAUGACUGCAGACCUCUUCCAAAAGGGGGGCCUUGCUAGUGGCGAGUGUCUCGAAGUGAGUGCCUGGUGGGGUCGAAAGAAAUGA